AUGUCGUGCAUGGGCGAUGACGGGGACCCGGCCGGCGGUUUCCGGCGGCUUCGGCAAAGGUCACCCCACGCCCCGGCCACCCCCGGGGGUCCCUUUCUCAGCCCCUCACCCCGUUCCCUAUGGCCGGGGGGGUCCGGUAGCCCCGUGGGAUGCCCAGCCCGCCCCGGCAUUGAUGGAGACUCUUGGGGGAUCUUCACCUUCCUGUGCGCCGCGCUCUGCAACCUGCCGGCGCUGCCCGCCCUGAACUGCAGCGAGGAGCUGGGCGCCGGCCAGUCCAUCCAAAAAACCUACGACCUGACCCGUUACCUGGAGCACCAGCUCCGCACCCUCGCCGGCACCUACCUGAACUACCUGGGCCCCCCCUUCAAUGAGCCCGACUUCAACCCCCCGCGGCUGGCGCGCGCCGAACGGGUGCCCAGCGCCACCGUGGACUUGGACCUGUGGCGAGGGCUGACGGAUAACGCCCGCUUGGCCGCCAACUACCGGGCCUACAGCCGCCUCCUCUGCUACCUGCGGGCGCUGGACGGGCAGGCGGGCACCGCCGAGCUGCGCCACCGCCUGGGGCACUUCUGCUCCAGCCUCCAAGGGUUGGUGCUCAGCAUCGCCGGCGUCAUGUCUUCCUUGGGUUACCCCCUGCCCGCCGGGCCCGCCGGCCCCCCGGCCUCCCCCGGCACCCCCGUGGCCCCCAACGACUUCCUCAAGAAGAUGGAUGAUUUCUGGUUGCUGAAGGAGCUGCAGACCUGGCUGUGGCGCUCGGCCAAGGACUUCAACCGCCUCAAGAAGAAGGUGCCACCCGCCGUGGUGACGCUGCGCCUGGAGGCGAGGGGUUUCUGAGCCCCCUCCCGAUGUGUGUGUGUGUGUGUCCCCCCCCCGACUCCCCGGGAUGGGGCUCCUCACCCCAACAGGCCACCACGUGUCCCCACCGUCACCACGCUGUGCCUUGCGGGAUGGGGUUCCUGACCCAAAGUGCCACCACAGCCACCCACGUCACCUCUCCAUCACCGCUGCGCCUUAAGGGACAGGGCGCCUGACCCCAGAGUGCCACCGAAGCCACCCAUGUCCCCUCUCCGUCACCACACCGUGCCUUGUGGGAUGGCUGUCCUGACCCCAAGCACCACGACGGCCACCCCACAUCCCCACCAUCGCCACGCUGUGCCUUGUGGGAUGGGGUUCCUGACCCCAAAGUGCAACCAAAGCCACCCAUGUCCACUCUCCGUCACCAGUGUCCCUUGAGAAAUGGGGCUCCUCACCCCAAGUGCCACCGAAGCCACCCCACAUCCUCAUCAUCGCCUCCUUGUGCCUUAAAGGAUGGGGCUCCUGACCCCAAAGUGCCACCAAAGCCACCCCACAGCCCCCCCCCAUCAUCACAGUGCCUUAAGGGAUGGGGCUCCUGACCCCCAAGUGCCACCAAAGCCACCUCGUAUCCUCCCUGUCACCACGUUGUGCCUUAAGGGAUGGGGAUCCUGACCCCAAAGUGCCACCAAAGCCACCCCACAGCCCCCCCCCCAUCAUCACAGUGCCUUAAGGGAUAGGGCUCCUGACCCCCAAGUGCCACCAAAGCCACUCGUGUCCCUCCUCCAUCCUCGAUGUCCCUUGAGAAAUGGGGCUUCUGACCCCAAAGUGCCACCAAAGCCACCGAUGUCCCACCCAUCGUGUGCCUUGAUGGGGGGGUGGGGGGGGGUGGGGGUCGGUGCCACCGCGGUGUCCCCACCUCCGUGCUGUGCCCCCCCCCCCGACCCCAGGCUGUCCCCAUUGUUCCCACACCCAGGGGGCUCAGGGGGGUGGGGGGGGGAGUGGGGGG